AUGCCGACUAGCGCCGACGUCACCCUCUGGGCUCAGGAGCUGCCUGAAGAAAUGGGGAGCCUGGGGAAACGGCAGAGCGGGGACGCUCAGCCCGCCGAAGCCCUGGCUGCUUCCGAGCGGUCCAGAAGGGAGCGCGAGCCCGGGGCCGCUGGUGCCGCGGGCCGCGCCCUCAGCUUCACAGAGGAGAAAUUCGGCCAGGCUGAGAAGACUGAGCUUGAUGCCCACUUUGAGAACCUUCUGACCCGGGCGGACAGCACCAAGAACUGGACGGAGAAGAUCCUGAGGCAGACAGAGGUGCUGCUGCAGCCCAACCCCAGUGCCAGAGUGGAGGAGUUCCUGUAUGAGAAGCUGGACAGGAAGAUCCCCUCGCGGGUCACCAACGGGGAGCUGCUGGCUCAGUACAUGAGUGAGGCGGCCAGUGAGCUGGGGCCCACCACGCCCUACGGUAAGCCGAGGGGCCCACAGCUGCUCGGUGGAGGGGAGCAUGACCUGGGCCAGGGGCCAGACCCAACCUGGGCCUUAGCCAGGAGCAAAGGUGCUGACAGCAGCCGCAAGCUGACACCGCCACGCUUGCUCUUGGGGACAUCCCAGCCAUGUCCCCUAGGAGAAGGGUGUUCAUGUUGUGUGUCUGGAACCUCCUGUCCCUGGGGUCGGGGGCUCCUGGCAGCUCCCUAUGAGAGCCUCAGGGGGCAGCCCCUGGCCUCAGCCCUGGCCCCAGCCCCGUGUGACAGCCCUAUGAACUCUGUUCCCUGCCAGACGGUGCCUGACUUUCAGGAGACUAGACCUCGUAAUUACAUUCUCUCGGCCAGCGCCUCUGCGCUCUGGAGUGACGAGGUAGACAAGGCCGAGCAGGAGCUGCGAGUGGCCCAGACGGAGUUUGACCGGCAGGCAGAAGUGACGCGUCUCCUGCUGGAGGGAAUCAGUAGCACUCACGUGAACCACCUUCGCUGCCUCCAUGAAUUCGUCGAGUCUCAGACAACUUACUAUGCGCAGUGCUACCGCCACAUGCUGGACUUGCAGAAACAGCUGGGCAGCUCUCAGGGAGCCAUAUUUCCAGGCACCUUUGUGGGCACCACGGAGCCCGCCUCCCCACCCCUGAGCAGCACCUCGCCCACCACCACAGCGGCCACGAUGCCUGUGGUGCCCUCUGUGGCUGGCCUGGCUCCUCCAGGGGAGGCUGCUCUCUGCCUGGAGGAGGUGGCCCCACCCGCCAGCGGAACCCGGAAGGCCCGAGUGCUCUAUGACUAUGAGGCGGCUGACAGUAGUGAGCUGGCCCUGCUGGCUGAUGAGCUCAUCACUGUCUACAGCCUGCCUGGCAUGGACCCUGACUGGCUCAUUGGCGAGCGAGGCAACAAGAAGGGCAAGGUUCCCGUCACCUACUUGGAACUGCUCAGCUAAGCAGGCCCCCCACCCCCCCAGGCCCUGCCCCUUCUGGCCUGGGCAGGAGUGUCUGGGUGUAGCCCUGCCACUUGUCUGUUGGUGACCCAGCUGCUCAGGGUACGGAGACUGGCCCCUCCUGUCCUUGCCCCUGGCCAUCCAGCUGUGAGGGAGCCCAAAAGGCUGAUGACCCCUGCGCCCACCCAGCCCUGCUUCUGCCCAGUGGCUCUGGAGCCUCUCCACCCUGCCCUGCCUUCGUCCCCACCGAGCACUGCAACCCUUCCCACUCUGCUGAGGAGAGGGAGCUGCCUGUAGCAGCUGCCCUCAGAGCCUGGGCCCUUGGCGGGCGUCAGCCUCAUGCAGCAUGAAGUGCUGGGUGCACCCUUGGCAAGAAGAGGACACCUGUCUUAGUUGCCAAAAGCAGAAAUGGGGGAAGCCUUUGGGCAGGCAGGCCCCUGGGGUCCUCAGGAACUGGUCCCGGGCACUGGUGGGAGGCAGGGCUGGCCUCGGAGCAGCAGCUUCCGGUGCUACCUUUCCUCCCCGACAGGCAGCUCAGCCAGGGUGGUAGCUGCAGCCCUCUCCACUCCAAACUCACUUUUUAACUGGUAUUUUUACUUCUGCCUGUCUGCUUGCUCUGUAGCCAGUGACUAUAAUAAACCAUCCUUUGUGUGCAAA